GGGCGUCACUAGAGGCGGACGAGGCCGCAAAGAGCCACCGCGGUCGCCAUAGCAGCGGGGCCCAGCGCCUACCGCCAGCCAGGCCCAGCCUUGGCCUGCCCCGGCCUUUCCUGGCUGCCCUGCCCCACCCCGCCCCGCCCUGCCCUGGGAGCCGGGCCCUGAGGAUGGGAGUCAGGAUAGAGGACGGCGACGGCGGCGGCGGGAGGAACAGGAGGAGGAGGAGCCCAGUGAUUGAAUACGAAGCCAUACCUAGGUAUGGCCCAGCGAGCCCAUUCAAAGGACAUCUAAGUACUAAAAGUAAUGCUUUCUGCAUUGACUCCUCCUCCCGCAGACUAAGUAACCAGUACCUGAUCAGGGAUCACAUGGCUGUCCAUUACAAUAAAAUCCUUUCUGCCAAAGCUGCUGUGGACUGUUCAGUACCGAAAAGCAGAUUAAACAGCAUAAAAUUUUCAGAUCAACAAAGAAGAGAGAAACUCAGGAAAGAAGUAGAAAGGUGUGAGAAGGAGAUGAUUUCAUCUAGAAAUAUGUCCCGAUCUAGUUCCAGGGAGAGCAGAAGACCUAUGUCAGCCUCCUAUAAAAAGGAGUCAUUGGAAGCAGAAGGAAAUAGGGCGUUACCAUCAUGUGCACCAAGUGAAAAGAGAUUUGGGGGAGGCUCCCUGUCAUUUCCAGAAAAGCAAGGUGCACUCUCUCCAAGUACUGGUAAACCUGCCACAAAAUCUGCUUUGAAAGCCUCCAAUUUUUCAGUCUUAAGUUCAAGCACCAGCACGCCGAGCCUUCAAAGACUGCACUCCAAAUGUUCUUCAAGCUCUUCUUCAGAUAGUGUCACAAACAAACAAUCCCAGAAAGCACACAACGCUGAAUCCAAAGCAAGCAGUGGGGAUCUGCUUGAUAAGCAUUCUCAGUGUUUUACUAAUGGCCAACAACCAUUCACGCCCCGCACUUUAAGAUCGGAUGCUAAAUCCUUCCUCUUGCAGUACCGAUAUUACAUGCCAGCAAGACUGAAAUUACAGGAUGUUCCCAAACAACAAGUGGAAGCGGAAACACAGACUGACAUAAGCAGUUUUCAAGAUGGAUUGGAAGGAUCUGCAAAAUGGGAUGCAGCAGACUUUCAGAAGAUCGUAAUGGAGGUAGACGAUAAAGUGUCUGAAAAAAUGAAGGCUGUUUCUCAGUUGUCUUCACCAAGGGUGAUUCCUCCAGCUUCUGUGCAGUCCCCAGCAAUAAGAAGAAUCCAGGCAGAUUCAAGGCAGACCAAAAUGCGCCAUCUGCUGGAAAUUCUGAAAAUAGACUUGGGCUGCAAGAAGGAAGAAAAGUCUUCAAGAGGGCUGGACAAAUACAGUCUGCUAGAGAAUGACCCAGGUGAGCAUCUCCAACUUCCCAAUGAAGUUCAAAGAGAAAACAUGCCAGCAACAAGUGAGGGGCUCUCAAAAGCAAUGGAUUUAAUAACAAGUGAAUCUACAGCAUGCAGCGAUAACUUCCAGGAAUUAGAAAUCCAGGAUGAAAUCCAGGAUGAACAUUCUUCCAAAGAAGUCAGUGAGCCUGGGCAAGUAGAACCUGACCCGUCUUCCAUUGCAGUGACUGGUGGAAACCUAGAUACUUCAUGUACAUUGCCACCAACAUGCAAUUCCACCACAUGUGAUGCUGAUUUUGAAAUCAGUGAGUCGUUGAGGGAGGUUGAUGAUCUCAAAGAAAGCUUGGCAGAAUCCCUUCCCAUCUCCACUGACGAUGCACCACAAUAAACAACAAGCAGUGAAGUACUGAGGCAAGCAGUGCAGCUAGUCAGCUGUGCAGGGACCUGAACUUUGUGAAUUCAAUAAAAUGCUAGGAAAUAAUCUUUUUUUUUCUAGAUACACUGGUGUAAAAAAGGUCCUAAUAUUAUGAAUCAGGUUUUAAUGAACUGAACACUAAGACACACUAGUGGACAGGGGACAAGUGUGUAGCAUGUAAUGUAGCAUAAUGUCAUUAACUGCUGAAAACUGGUUGUAGAACAAGAUAUGUAGGUAGAUGUGGGUACGCAAAUGUACACAUAUGCAUAUAGAUAUAUAUGGCAGGUUGAUUAUAAGAUUUAUUUUUAAUAAAUGGAUCCAAUUUCACAACGGUAAAAUAGUGUCUUUGAAUAAUAUGCUUGCAGCUAUUAAUUUCCAAACAAUAAAAGAUACAUUCAUCCAGU